CUUCAUCUCAGAGGCCUUGAUAUAAAAAUCACAGGUCCCACCAUUUUCUGCUUGCCGACACAGACUUCCUAGUGGCAGGCAAAAUGGCUUUUCAUUCUGUAUUUCUGGUUUUCUUAGCUGGCCUGGUACUUUGCUCCGAAGCUUCACCAUUGGACCCUCUUGAUGCCAAGCAUCCUCUUUUCGUAAAAGUUGUGGAUUCCGUCCGAGGAAGUCCAGCUCCAAAUGUUGCAGUUAAAUUAUAUAAAGAAGCUGCAGAUGGAUCUUGGGAACUGUUAAAUUCUAAACAAACCAAUGACAAAGGAGGCCUCCCAGAGCUUACAACUAAAGAACAAUUUGUAGCAGGUUUAUACAAGCUUGAGUUUGAUACAGCCUCUUACUGGAAGAGUCUGGGCUUGAAUCCCUUCUACCACCACGCUGAUGUGGUGUUCACAGCUAAUGAUGCUGGUAAUCGGCAUUACAAGAUUGCUGUUGUCCUCAGUCCCUUCUCUUACUCAACCACAGCAGUAGUUAGUGAGCCAGUGGAAUAGAAGCUGACAUUAGGCAUGAAAAUUCAGUUGUGUAAAUUAAAAUUUCCAUAAAUGAUAAGAACUUAGCAGCUGAAUGUAUCAAGAGCUUUAUAUUUCAUAGUAAAUCAUUAACAGUUGGUUUUUUAUUCACUUUGUUAACUUUAGGAAGAAAAUGUAUUGGCUUUGUUUUCAAAUACUCUUUUGAAUAAAAGUAUUCUGCAUUUC